GCCCUGCUGCAGGCGGGGCAGCAGGGCAGAGAUGCUCUUGCUCAGUUGCUGCUCUCUCUUUCUGUGGGAGGUUCGGGCGUGGGUGGGGGGGCUUCUCUUUCCCCGCACUUCCCCCUCCCCGUGCCCCAACGAGGCUCAGCUGAGGGGGGGCUGCCAAAGGCUGAAGAAGAGCUGCUCUCGUUUUCUCACCUUCAUAAUUCACUCCAUGCUCUGCUGCUCCCUUUGCCAGAGACAGCCUAGGUCUGAGGAAAGCACUUUGUGAGUGGUGUGUGCUACCAAAGCACACGGAGGGACUGCAGGAUAUCCACCAAUGAGUAGGAGUAUCAGGAAGCCAUUUCCACAUUCCUUCAGAAAGAGAAGAUACUGAAACGGCUGUCCAUGGUUGGUGGCCAGUUGCUGAAGGAUGACCCGUAAAUAUGUUUUGCUUGGGGUGCUGUAUUUUGUCCAAGGAAUCCCAUAUGGGCUCCAGUCUGGACUGCUGCCAGUCUACUUCCGAACAGUGGGCCUCUCCUUCACCAAGAUCAGCCUGGCUAAAGUGCUUUAUGUGCCCUGGAUCCUGAAGGUCCUGUGGGCACCGAUGGUGGACCAGUAUUUCACCAAGAAGACCUGGCUGCUGCUGACUAUGGGGGGCUUGGUGCUGGCCUGCCUGGCAUGCUCCCUUCUGACCCCAGAGGCACAUUUCCUCCCUGUGGCCACCAUCCUCCUGCUCAUGAACAUCUUUGCCUCAACCCAGGACAUUGCAGUGGAUGGGCUAGCCAUCCAGCUGCUGGGGCAGGAUGAGGUCGGUUAUGGCAACACCAUCCAGGUGGUGGCCUACAAGCUGGGCUCGUUACUGGCAGGAGGAGGGCUCCUUGCUUUCCUCCAGCACCUGGGCUGGGGGACCCUCUUUGUGUACCUGGCUGUCAUCUAUACCGUGGCCAUUCUGUAUACCUGGGGCUCAGACCUGAGGCUGAGACUGAAAUACCCUUCUCUGGGCAGCUGUGCCAAGGACAGGACCUUGAACCCGUGGCUCAUCCUCCAAGAGGUUCUCCAUGUGCCAGAUACUCCUUGGACUGCUGGCUUUGUUCUCAUCUAUAAGUUGGGUGAACAAGGGUCCGUCUCCAUGUUCCCUCUCUUCCUCCUGGACCGUGCUUUCUCUCCACAGAAGCUUGGCUUCUGGAACGGGAUUGUGGCCAUGCUCUUCUCCAUAUCUGGCUCCUCGUUGGGGGGCCACCUGAUGUCAAAGCAGAGGCACUCAUUUCCCCUGUUGAAGGCCUUGUUGGUGCUCCGCUUCUGCAGCCUGAUCUUCCAGACACUCCUGAUGGCUGUCUAUAAAGACCAAGUGUCCAUCUUUGAAGGCCACUCACUACAGCUUCCUGGCCACCCUGGAAGUGCUGGGCAAACUGGUGUUCAGCGCCAUCGUGGGGACCCUGGUAGACUGGCUGGACUUUGUCCCCGCUUUCUGUGUUUGCCUCGGCCUUUCCUGCGCCUCCAUUGUGUACACACUGCAAGCAGCACCAGCUCAGAGAUGACAAGCAGGGAGUCGCCCCCACGAUCACGUGGGUCAGCAUCAUCCCAUUUGCGCUGGAGGACCAUGUGGAUGGGAAUCCACUUCAGGGCGUCUUUUGGGGCUUCAGCAGGACAGCCCCUUUCCAAGAUGGCAGCAGAACUGUAAUUGGUUUGUGUUGCACUCAGUGGUGGCCCCAGCAGGGACCUCCGUGGAAGUCGCUGUCUCAGGUCCUCCCAAGCCAGCAGCAGCACCGCUGUGCACUGUGCCUAGCUCUCUGUGUGUGUGUGUGUGUGUGUGUGUGUGUGUCUCUCUCUCUCUCUCUCUCUCUCUCUGUAGAUAUCAACAAGGACCACUAAGAUGCUUUUGCAGAGGAGGAAAGUGAGAAAAAGGCUCUGAAAUUAUAUGGGCUGCUUCUUGUUUAUGGGCCCUUUUCAGUCUGCUAAAGGGUUUUAGUUGCUGCUGGCCCUGGGACAGGAGGGCUGACCUCCUGAGGAUGGUGAUGAUUAAAAAUAGAAAAAAAGAAAGAAUCGAUUGUUAUUGAUUAGUCAACUGACCAUGUCAAACAAUUACAGGACAAAAACAAAGCAAACAUAAGACACAGAACAUUAAACGUAAAAUGAACCAUAUUGAAUCACCACAGAUCUAAUAUCGAGGCAGGAGUAAAAACAAACAUUUAAGCCUCUCAAAAGCAAACGACAAGUCUAUUUAAUACUAAAACCAGUAAAUGUAUUUACAAGGUUAAAGGGGAACAUUCAACCUCCCCAAAUGUACAUCCUCACCUUUUGGGAUCUUAUGUAUAUUUACUGCUUUGCAACAACAACAACAACAAUCUCAAAAGAGCUUUACAUAGCAAAAGGAGUGAGGAGAAGGUUCCGGACCCCAGAAGGGAUCCUCAUCCAAAGGAAAGCACGAAGGAGAGCCCAGCAACAGCCGCUGGGAAAGGACGUUGGGUUGGGUUGGAGAGGGACAGUUGCUUUUCCUCUGCUAAAGAGAAUGGGAGCCCCCCUUUGAAAAGUGCCUCUUGGCCUGGGUAGCAGGGGCCCAGACAUCUGCCAAUGUCAGUGCUGGGGCAUUUUGAAGGGGCCAAAUGUGCUGUCCGGAGGAGGGGGUGGGGCGCUUCUGACUUAGGAUGGCCCGAGGCGUAUUUUAUUU